UAUAUACCCAUCCCCAAUCACCCAUUAUUCUUGGAGUUAAAGAAAAUCAAAGCAAGGUUUUCCCUUCUCUCCCUCCGCCACACCUUGUACCUCUUGCUUCAAUGGCGGUUUCUUCUCCAGAUGCCACAGAUAAGCUUCAUCAAGCUUCGCCUCUCGUCAAUGGCGUCCAUAAGAAUCAAGAAGAAUUUGACCCAAGUGCCCCUCCUCCAUUCAAGGUGGCUGACAUCAGAGCUGCCAUUCCCAGCCAUUGCUGGGUCAAGAAUCCAUGGAGGUCUCUCAGCUAUGUCCUCAGGGACAUUUUGGUCAUUUCCGCAUUGGUCGCCAUAGCUGUUAUCUUCAAAACCAGUUCAUGGGUUUGGCCGAUUUACUGGGUUGCACAGGGCACAAUGUUUUGGGCAAUCUUUGUUCUUGGUCAUGAUUGUGGCCAUGGAAGCUUUUCAGACAACCCUAAUCUCAAUAGCGUCGUGGGCCAUAUUUUGCAUUCUUCGAUCCUCGUACCCUACCAUGGGUGGAGAAUCAGCCACAGGACCCAUCAUCAAAACCAUGGUCAUGUCGAAAAUGAUGAAUCAUGGGUUCCGUUGAGUGAAAAGACUUACAAGACAUUGGAUGCUCCAACUAAACUACUCAGAUUCAAAGUUCCUUUUCCCUUAUUUGCCUACCCAUUGUACUUGUGGCAAAGGAGCCCCGGGAAAUCAGGGUCACAUUUCAACCCAUAUAGUGACAUGUUCACACCCAAUGAAAGGCAUUAUAUUGUGACAUCUACUUUGUGUUGGGCUCUAAUGGUGGCCAAUUUAGCCUUUUUGUCAACUAUUAUUGGCCCAACCCUAUUGUUCAACCUCUAUGGCAUUCCCUACUUGAUAUUCGUUAUGUGGUUGGAUUUCGUUACUUAUUUGCAUCACCAUGGCCAUGAGCAAAAACUUCCUUGGUAUCGUGGCAAGGAAUGGAGCUAUCUGAGGGGAGGAUUAACAACCGUUGAUCGAGAUUAUGGAAUAUUUAACAACAUCCAUCAUGACAUAGGCACACAUGUCAUCCAUCAUCUAUUCCCACAAAUCCCACAUUAUCAUUUGAUUGAAGCGACAAUGGCAGCAAAGUCUGUGCUCGGGGAUUACUAUCGGGAGCCGAAAAAGUCUGGUUGGAUACCUAUUCACUUGAUAGACAACUUGGUGAAAAGCAUCAAACAAGAUCAUUAUGUUAGUGAUGCGGGUGAUGUUGUUUACUACCAAACUGAUUAUCGAAUGCUUGGGAAGAAAAUGGAGUGAUUAAACCCUAAUAUCAAAAUGUCGUUGCAAAAGAAAACUCUCUAAAGAAAAUAAGACAAAUUUAGAUGCUAUAUUACUGUAUUAUUUAUUUAUUGUUGUGUAAUGGAUCUUGAAAAAUUUGCAAUCCAAUAUUUA